AUGCGUGCACACGGACGCGUGCCCAGCGCUCGCGCGUACGGCGUCCUCUUACGCUCGGUUUACAUUUACGCGUGUAUCUCACUCACCACAGGCUCCGAGUACGGUGUGCCAAUUGAGAUAAAAUUAUGGGAUACUGGUAGAACACCUUUAGCUCACAUGGUGGAUGUUACGAACGGGUUCGGUUUAAAAGUGCUAGCUGAACACAACUUUUUAAAUGAUAACAAUAUAGCAUUUUCACCGUAUGGACUGAUGGGGAUCAUGGUGGCCUUGUAUGAGGGAGUUGAUGGAGAAUCUUCCUAUCAGAUUCAGCGAGGGAUGCAACUGCCAUGGAACAGGAAUAUCAUGAGGAUAGGUUUCAGAGAUAUACACCGCACCUUAAAAACUUAUUUCGUACCGGAAGAAGGAUUUCUGGCGGGCUUAGCGCUAAACAAUGAAAAUGUCACAUUCAAUGAGCCAUACAGAAAGAUUCUACGAUUUUACGGUUUUGAUCUAGAAAACGAUCAGUUGCCAACACUCGCACCAGAGACAAACAACACUUCAAAUGAUACAAACUCAACUACGCCAAGUCCUCUUGGGAGCAGUGAUGGCACAACUACGACGGAGGCGAUGAUGGCAGCUGUCCCAGCUCGAGAGGAUGCCAGUACAGCUUCUCCAAAUAGAGAAGAAACUACAACCACACUAAACCCAAAUGCGGAGACAAUAAGUACAAUAGACAUAAGAGGUGCGACAUCGACUGCAGCAAGCCCAUCUUCUGCACCAAAUGAAGAGAGCACCCCUAUGAGUACUAGCGUCACAACUACAAGAACUGAAACCGCAAACGAAAUAGUUACGGAGCCAACAACACAGACAGAAAGUACCACACUGAUUACUUCAGCAGCCGAUACGCAAGCUAUAACCACUGUUGCUCCCAGUACAGCAGCUGCCAUGCAAACACUCUCCAUGACUUCACAAGUGACAAACUCCGUAUCUACUACUUUUACAAACGAACCAUCAACAAACAACGAGGUCGAUACAUCAUCAAACGCCGGAGUGCCUACAGUAUCAACUACGGUUGAUGUAAUGACUGCCCCAGAACAGACCAGUACACUUGAAGCAAGCACCACUCAAACCAAUGUUGAUGUGUCAACGUCAGCUACAGACAGUCCUUCAACAAUAUCAACACUAACUGAAAACACUCCAAUGGAAAGUGCUAUGACUACAAUUGCAGAAACACAGCAAACUGAGCAAAUGUCUACAAUGACUAUGGACGAUAUGACCACUUCGUUGAAUACAGUGACACCAUUCAAUGAAACCACGUUAGAAACAUUAGAACGAAAGAAAAAGUCGAUAGUAGACUUCAUAUUCACGAACCCCCCGUACAUCGACGACUAUUUGUAUUAUAGAUCGUACGAUAUAGGCUCAGACGCUGCUAAUCCCGGCUUUGAUGACAAAAUGUUCUUGGCAAAUGGUCUGCGAAGUGUUCAGGUCACGUAUAUGCGAUACGAUACAGUGCUGGAGCACGCCUACCUGCCGCAUUUAGAAGCCUCGGCUCUAAGGCUGCCUUUGGACAGCGAUCGUUACUACCUGCUGGUAGUGCUGCCCACACGAGGUGGUGCCCCAGAGCUCGGACGGCUGCUGUCACGAAUGGCGCGCGAGUCAGAUUUGUCCGACAUCUAUUCGGUGCUGCGCCCUCGCCGCGUGAAGGGAAUCGUGCCAAGCUUCACUGUUAAAGGCCACGUGACCUUAACUACAGAUUUACAGAAGCUUGGUAUUAGAGACGUGUUCGAACCUCGACAGCGCGACUUUACGCUGAUGACCAAGCAAGCGGGAGUGUAUGUACGAAGCAUUGAACAGGCUGUGUCCGUUGCUAUACGCAAGUAUCGACCGGAUGAUCAAAAGAAAAAUAGAUAUGUAUCAAAUCGUGAUCCAGUUGUAUUUUCUGCAACCUAUCCGUUCCUGUACUUCGUCAUGGAUGCGAAUAUUCACGUGGCACUCAUGGCCGGCAAAAUGGUAGACCCAUUGAAUUCAAGGAUAUUAUAGUCAUGCCAAAACAACUUUCUUUUUUUUAACAUUAGUCCUAUCACUGAGUUUUAAUCAUAGGUGGAAGCCACACCCAGGUGCUCAACGGAUGUUCCAGGGAGAAAAUCUCGGUGGUCAUGACCCUCCCUGGGCUGGUUCCAGGACUUAGGUGGA